UAAUAGAUAAGAAUUAGUAGAUUUUAUUUUUUCUCUGCAAAAGUUACACUAUUAUAGAGAAUUUUAGCGUUAAAUUUUAAUAGUUAUUUGUUUGAAUUAUUAGUUGAAAAUUAGUUUAAGAUGGCUCAUGCUUCACCGUAUAAAGUUAUUACUGACCCAGAAAUUAUUCGCAAAAAAAAUGAAAUGCGUAAGGCUGUUACUCAAGAAUACAUAAAAAAUUUAACAAAUCCCCAUCGAAAUAUGAAAAUGGAAGGAGGAUUUAUGUUUGAUGCUGGUAUUCAGAGAUAUAUGUCAUUAAAAGCUACACAACAUGAAUUCUUUAGACCAACUCCUAAAACAUCAUUACUUGGUUUUUUGUUCAUUGUUGUACCUUUUGGUACAUUGACCUACUUUAUCAAAAAAGAAAGAGAUCGUCGAGAAAAUUUAAUUCGAACUGGACAAAUAGCUUACAAGGAUAGAGGGUUCAAAUUUGCAUCAUAAAAAAAGAAAUCAGACAUUUAUUAUUUCAAUAUACAUUUUUAAUAGAUAUACUCUAGAUUUAUAGGAAAUUCUUCAAUUUAAUUAGUUGAAGUUAUAUAUUAAGUAUAAAUUUAAUUAUUUAUGCUAAAUUACAGUUCAAAAAUUGUUAAUUUGUAAUUGAAACAAAUGUGUAAUUUUCAAUACAUAAAUAAUGCAAUAAACAUUUAUAUUAAUAA